AUAUUAUGGUCUCCCAAUCCCACCUUGAAUCCUCGCUUCGAAGCUUUAGAAGCCGGAGGGGGAGAGAGAGCUUCGGGCCAUGUGCAAAGUGGCGCUCUCCCGGUUGAAAGGGUGUGGGGGGGAAGGGGCCAAACUUGCAGUUCCGGAGUGAGGCCCUGUAUGUUGACUUUCCCAGGAAGGCCGGAGGCACUUCUGAGAAACGAUAAGGCCUUGAUUGGUGCCGUGCCCAAAAUAUGAAGAAAUCCACCCUUUCGGUAGGAAGCUUUGCUUCUGCCCUUAAGGAGAGAAGAGAGAGAAGGGAAAAGGGGGAGUAAAGAAGAAAAAGACGCAAAACCGCAUGGACAACUCCAAAGAUUUAGCUAGGCCUCUUUUACUCCCACUCUCAGAUUCCCACGCAAAGGGAGGCGUCGUCGUGUGUGCGUGUGUUUUUUAAAUUAUUAUUGCUGUUAACAUUGGCUGAGCUACUUUAAAAAAAAAAAAGCCUUUCGCUGGGCGAGGAAUUUUAAAGUCGGAAAUCGUUAGGUUUGGCAGGCUUUUGCUUUGUGUACACUGAGUGCAGAACUCCGUAUUGAACCAGCUGCAAGUCAGAAGUUUGCAUACUCCCACGCCCCUUGGGAGUGACUCAUGCCACUACUUCCCCUUUUCCUCCCAGCCGUCCAGAGAUGCCUUUUGCAUUUCUGCCUUUUUUUUUUACCCAGAGAGCCCCUCCUCAAUAGGCCUUGCCCUGCUCUGCCCUGCAGCCAUGGAGUUUAGGAUGAAGUGAUGGAGCUGUUUUGGGUCUUGGUUUUUUUUUUUAAAAAAAAAUAAUAAUAGCAACCCUUUGAGUAUUUUCAUGACAGAGAGGUUUUUUUUUUAAGAUGUCCAGCCGCCUUAAGACUCUUGUUAAGGGGAAGCUGAAAAAAAAAUUGUAAACAGGUCUCUGGUAUUUAUUUAAGAUGAAUUUCCGAGGCUUGAAACCCAGUUGGUUUUUGCAUCAUUGGCAUGAGGAAGUGGCCAAGGCGGUGCGGGGUGAGGCAGAAGGCUGUGAAUAUGACGCAAUACCGAUAUCCGCCUAGCAAUUUUGAUUCCGACCUUGUCCUGGGAUGUUUUCUUUUUAUGAAUGUUGUGUAUGCGCAACUGCAGCAAUCAAUAGCAAAAGCUGAUUUGGUCAUAAGAAGCCCCUCUGGAUAUUUUAUUCUGGGUCAACAGCAAUUCUUCAUGAUCACUUUGCCCCAUUUUAUUUUGCUUGUUGAUGAGUGAGUGUGUACAGUUUAUCCGGGAUGCUAAUGCAAAGUUGCUCUUUAAAUUUUAAUCAUAGUUAUUUGUUGUACCUUUAUUCAAAGAGAUUGGGAAGUAGUAUAUCAUAUCCUUUCUCAUUCUUUAAACAGUCAUGUAAGAUGGCUUGGCUUGUUUACUGUUUAUUAAAAAUGUGAGCAUAGGAUUUUUGUAGUUACAUUUGAAUUGUUCACUGGAUUACCCUGUCUUUAUUGACACUUUAUAUUUCUGUGUUCUCUUGACCACAUUUCCUCUUAGACCUUAACUAUGGUGUAGUUCAUUAUGGUGCCAGAUGACUUUAAAGAAACAUCCUCAAUGGUUUUUGUAUCAUGAUAUUUCAGAAGACAUGGUUGUUAUCAAGACUGAGAAGGUAGAUGAAGGCUGCAGUAAUGAUGGAGGAAACUGUGAGGCCCAUGAGUCUCAGCCUUCUCCUCUGGCCCUGCUAGCAGCCACAUGCAGCAGGAUUGAAUCUCCCAAUGACAACUCUGAUGGUUUACAGGUGCAACAGGGAGGCUCAAGUGAAUUGGACCUUGCUUCUGCAACUCAAAUCUCCCAAGGUGCAAAUGGCUGGCAAAUAAUUUCCACUACUUCUGGAACUGAUUCUCCUAAAGAUCUGGGGAAUAACUGCAAUGAAGACAAUGAUUCAUCAUCCAAAAACCGAGCUGCCACCACAGGGCAGUAUGUGGUUACCACCUCAAAUAUGCAGAACCAACAAGUUCUGACGGGCUUAUCAGGAGUGUUGCCGAAUAUUCAGUAUCAGGUGAUCCCCCAGUUUCAAACUGUGGAUGGUCAACAGUUGCAGUUUGCCACUGCUCCCACUCAACUUAGUGUCCAGCAAGAUUCCUCUGGCCAACUGCAGAUAAUUCCAGGAACUAACCAGCAGCUUAUUACAAACAGGUCUGGCACAGGCAAUAUCUUGGCUGCCAUGCCAAAUCUUUUGCAGCAGGCUGUCCCCAUUCAGGGAGUAAAUGCUCUCUCAGGGCAAACCCAGUAUGUCACUAAUGUACCACUGGCUUUGAACGGCAAUAUCACUUUAUUGCCUGUCAACAGCAUUGCUGCCAGUUUGGCCCCCACCUCCCAGACAGUUACUCUAAGCAAUUCUAGCUCUCCAGAGAAUAGCUCUCAGCCAGUUUCUGUCACAUCAAUCAGUUCCUCCAGCGUGGCUGCGACUCAAGCCAGUACUGCCUCUUUUUUCACCAAUGCUAACAACUACAGUGCCACUACCACCACCAGUAAUUUGGGCAUCAUGAAUUUUUCCACUAGUGGCAGUCUGGGAACAAAUGUUCAGGUGCAGAGGACAAACAGCACUCAGAAUGCCGAUGCUGUGCACGUUGCAGUCCAACAAGGACAACAGAAAGAUAUUGAUCAAAACCACCAGCACCAGCAGAUCCUAGUGCAGCCCCAACUUGUUCAAGGAGGACAAGGCAGCCAGACCUUUGCUCCUCAAGAUGCCCUGCAGAACCUGCAGAUCCAGGCACUCUCCAAUGCUGGUCCAAUCUUUAUUCGAACGCCCACUGUAGGGCCAAAUGGACAAGUCAGCUGGCAAACUAUUCAGCUUCAAAAUCUUCAGGUCCAGAAUCCGCAAGCUCAGACAAUCGCUUUGGCUCCCGUGCAGGGGGUGUCCCUGGGGCAGACAGGCACCAGCACAACACUCACACCAAUAGCUUCUGCCUCGCUGCCCAGUGGCACAGUCACUGUAAAUGCCGCUCAGCUGUCCUCUGUACCGGGCCUUCAGACCAUCAACCUUGGUGCCCUGGGAUCUGGCAUCCAAGUUCAUCAGCUGCAAGGGCUCCCUCUCACCAUAGCCAAUGCCACUGGUGAUCAUAAUGCCCAUCUUAGCCUCCAUGGUACUGCUGGAGAUGGGCUGGCUGAUGAUGGAACCACUCUGGAAGAAGGGGACGGCAGUCCGGAUGCCCAGCCACAGCAAGUCCGAAGAAUGCGCAGAGAAGCCUGCACUUGCCCUUAUUGCAAAGACAGUGAUGGCAGAGGCUCUGGGGACCCUGGCAAAAAGAAGCAGCACAUCUGCCACAUCCCAGGCUGUGGGAAAGUGUAUGGGAAGACAUCUCAUCUGCGAGCUCACCUCCGAUGGCAUACUGGUGAACGGCCAUUUGUUUGCUCAUGGACGUAUUGUGGCAAGCGUUUCACACGCAGUGAUGAGCUACAACGACACAAGCGAACACACACUGGAGAGAAAAAAUUUGCCUGUCCCGAGUGUCCCAAGCGCUUCAUGAGGAGCGAUCAUCUUUCUAAGCACAUCAAGACCCACCAAAACAAGAAGGCAGGCGCACCUAACAAUGUGGCUAUGGACGUCUCCGCAGUCGCCAUUGAUGCGAAUGCUUCUGGCGAGGGCACCGGUGGGGCAACCCCUUCGACCCUCAUUGCAACCAAUAUGGUGGCCAUGGAAGCCAUCUGCCCAGAAGGCAUCGCACGCCUUGCAAGCAGUGGCAUCAAUGUCAUGCAAGUAGCUGAUCUCCAGUCGAUCAACAUCAGUGGCAAUGGAUUCUGAGAAUCUGCCUGAUCUUGUAUAAAUGUGUGGAUUCUCAAGAUCCAAGAGAUGCCUUUCAUUACAGAAGUGUGACAGAAGUUGGGGACUCAGCUGCCACAUCCAGCUUUCAGAUACUAUUUCUGUCUCCCAGGAAUAUUGUGUGCAGAAUAAGGUCUGCUUGCUGUAUAGGUCAGCCUGGUGAUGCCUAGAGUGAAUACUUGGGAAAUGGGGAUGGUCCAGGACUGAUUGAUUAAUUUUUAUUUUUGCUUUUUCUUCCCUUCCCCAUUAGGUCUCUUCACCUUUAUUAAGUACCCCAAUGCCAUCAUGCCUUGGUUCUAAAUGUAUAUGAUCAUUGAAAUACUUUUUAGCAGAAAAAAAAUCUAUAUUAUUAUUGUUAUUAUUGUAAUUAUAUAAAAUUAUAAAAUAUGUUCUUUUGAAUGAAAGAGAUUAAAAAGUGCUGCAACCAAAGUCUUUGGUUGUAGUUCAAAUGCCUUAACUUGGAAUUUAUUGAGCUGUUAAACGGCGCUCAGGCUUAUGUUCAGAUGCUAUAUUGCAUUUUAAUUGUAACUAUAAAAAUAUGAAAUUCAGCUUUUCUUAUGGUUAACUUUUAGAUUUGUCUUCCUUCUCUCCCUCCCCCCUCCAUGUUCUCUUCCCCUACUUGAUUAGACUCUCAUACCUACCUGUACCUUUUUUUAAAAAGUUACUUGCUAAUUUCCUUUUUUUUUCUAUAUAUGGAGAAAGGAGUGUCUAUUUAAGUCCCCGUCAUCUUUUUUUCUACCCAAAGUUGUAGGGUCCAUGACCCACUGUGUGUUCUGAACUUUCAAGGGAAAAUGAGCCUAGGAAAAAUGAAAACGUGACACAAUUUACGUUCCUUUGCCUUCCAAAUGCAUGAAUUCAACUUUUAGCCCAAGGGGAAUUCUUUUCAGUUCCUAGUGUAAAGCAGUGAAUCCUCUUUGUUUAAAAGUAUUUGUGCAUGCAUACGAUCCAGGAGAUCCACUCUAAGAACACCAGGAAACUUAAGGGUGUGGUGGAGAGGUCUUUAUAUGUGUUAUGGCUCAACUCAAGCCAUUUUACUACAGUGCAAGUUGGAACUAUGGUAUUGGACUCUGUUGUGCUUUGUUUAAGAUCUUGACAAAUGCUAUGGCCAUGUAGUUAAAGGGGGGGAAAUGUAAGUUUGGGUUCUUUUAGCUUGAGAUAUUGCAUUGCUGUGAAACACUAAGGGAUUUGCCCAGUUCUUUCCAAAUUGACAAAUGAUCCAAUAUUUGGCUCAGUUGCUGGGCCCUCCAUUGAGAAUAAAUUAUGAAUUGGCUUUUGUAUCUUCUAUUUGUAACUUCUUUUUUUAGCAAUUUAGUGCUUGCUAGCCAGCUUGCUCCCUUUACGAGGUUACACAUGAGAACAAUUAUUAUGAGGAAAUUGGAACAAAGGGAACUAAAGUGGAAGUUCAAAUACCAAAGAAAUAAGUGAAGAAGGCCAGUGCUUAACAAGAUAUUUUUUUUAAAAAGUGAUGGGGAGUGAUGCUUGAGUAUUUGCAGAAUCUCUGUUAAGGAAUGGGGCCUUGUGACACUCACCUCCACCCCAGUAAGUCUUCAGACAGUUCCGGCAUUGUUCUUAAAAUCUCUUUGUGUUUAGUGUGAACCAGUUAGACAAAUUGUUCAGAACCUUACCAGAUUGUUCAGCUGAUCAGUCCUAUGUCCUUUUCCCUUUGCUACUUAAACAAGGCAGCUCCUCAGUUAGCAUGACCGAUUUUCUUUUAUUAAAGUUUUGAGGGAAAUAUUUAAUUGUUACAUAGCCUUCAUGAAGCUCCUGCCUCUUACAUUCUUCAGUGCUGCUCAUGUGCAUGGUGAAUUUCUAUGCCCCAGAAAAUUUACAAAAGGGUCCAUGAAUUGUUGCUGGGGUAUUAUAGCUGGCCAUUUACAUGUUGCUUCCGUUGCUUUGCUCUGAAGUGUUCUCAUCAUUUCUCACAUCACUCCUUUCAGUAGCAUAAAAGCCAGUUUAUUUUUUAUUUUUCUUUGCCUUCAGUAUAAAGUGUUGUGUUGGUAACAUUUUGAUGCCUCUCUUGCCAUGUCCUGUUCUGUUUUCCUUUUAUUGUGUUGACCACCCUCCUCUCUGCCUUCAUCUGGAGCCGUACCAGAAUCAUAUGAUUUAUAAUAUGUAUGUUACAGUGGUUUAGCAGAGCUGAAUUACGACAUCAUUUUCAUCAGGGACAGAGAGAAAAUAUCAUUUUUCCUUCCUCAGGAAAACGCUGGAGUUAAAAUUAAUGGUCCCCAAAAUUGUCCAGGUGCUUGCAUCUGUGGAUCCUUGGAGUCCCUUACCUGGAGUUGGAUAGCGUUUUCACGAUCUUGUGUUUUUGAGUUUUUAAAAAGAAUAUUCUUGUUUCACAAAUGCUGCUUGUUGAGCUGAGAGAGGAUGGAAACAAGACCAAAAAGCAUAAGUAUCUUAAAGCAUAUCAAAAACAAGAAAGCCGUGGUGUAAAUUGUUGACUUCUGUAGCGCUUGUGAAUUAUUUGCACUGGUGAACUGAUUUUGCUCAAUCUAUUUUGGGUGAGGUGAACUUUAUCACUCCUUGUUUAGCCUUUUCCCUUUUUCUCUACAAUUUCUCUAUUCGUUUUGAUGGAUUGGAUUGGGAAGGGCAGAUUUAUACCAGUAAUAUAAGAAACAUACAACAAAUAUAAAGCAACGUACAACUAGGAGGACUCAGUAAGUAUGUAACUCAAGCAUUUUAUUAAGAAAGAGUUUCCUUGUCACAGAAGUAGGGAUUUGUGAUCUUCCGGGUAUUGCUGUUAGAUCAGAGAUAAAGCAGAUUGUAUUCCUUAUACAGUGCAAACUCAGAAGCAAGAGAAUUUUUUUAGGGUCUUGGAAUUGGAUGUUCCAGAGACUUAAGGAUUGUAAUAGCCUGAUAGAAGAUGACUUUUACUAUGAUAGGUUCCAAGUACUGUAAUACCAUUACUGAAAUAAUUGGAUACAAGUAUUAUUUGCCAUAGUGAAGGGAGCUCGAUGUUCCAGAUAAAUUUAGUCCCAUAUAGUAUACAGCAAUAAAUGAAUUGCCCCAUACCUCAGGCUGCUGGCUUAUUCCGGCUAUUUUAAAACUCUUGCUUCAAGAUUGCCUUAGUGGUAGUUAUUUCUGGGGUUGGUGGAUGGGAGAGCAGUAUGAUACCUAUGAUGCCCAAGUUGUCAUUUGAUUCUCAAAUUUGGGAAAGGAGAAAUACGUUUUUAAGAAAAAGUAAAAAUGCUCCAGAUCUCAUGACAUUUUUGUUUAUACCUCCCAAACACCCACAGACUUAUUAUACACGCAACAUGUAUAUGCUUAUGAAGGAUUGCAGGAUAGAUAACUAUUCUUUCAGAAAGUGGGAACCAAUUCUUUUUUUCUUUAAACUUCCCUAUAAUGCCAGAUCGUGCUUGUUAAUGGCAUCCAUUCUCAAGUAUCUGUUUUCCUAGCAGAUGUGGUGUUAAUGGAAUGCUGUUAUGACCUCACCGUUUUUCUUCUGCUACAGCAAAGACCACUAGCUUUUUCUCAAGUGCUACACUGGUCUGCAUAAAAGCCUGUCUCUAUUCACAUUUACACCUUUCCGCAACUGAGGAAAAGGCAUCCUUUUUAAAAAUGCACUGGGCGGUUCUUGUUAUUUUGAACAUUACUUUCACUCAGUUCAGUGUGACUUGUAGAAGGAAUCCAUCUAUAAUCUGUAAAUGAUUUUUUUUUGUCUUGACAGACUUUCUGAGUCUGGUAUCUCAGGUUGGCCAUCACAGAAGAUUUAUGAGUCUCUCUCUUCUCGGCUCCUGUUUGUUUUCUAAAGAGCAAUAUUUAGUUUACAGCUAUUGCUACAAACUAAGGAAGCCAGAAGGAGGGUUCCUAGUUAGUGAUAGAAAUUCAAUAAAUCUGUGAAGGGUGAACCCUUAAGGAAAGGGAAGAUGCUAUUAUAAAUCUCUUUAAUUUCAAAGGGCAGGAAUAAGGAGAAAGGGUGAGCAUUUUUAUUUGUAAUAAUCUAAAUCUGGAAAAUGAGCUGGGUGCAUGGAAGAAUUCUGUUUGGGGAAUACUGGGGAUUUUAGGUCCCUUGAUAGAUGGCAGUAUUUAUUUCUCCUAAGUUGUGUAAAUAUUAUCUCAUUGCAGCACCUGGCAACAAUUGCUUUUUUUGUCAUACGCUUUUUCUGUGUUUCUGCUAGAAUUGAAGGUAUUUUCUGCAGCAUCCAAAGUAAAUAUAUGCAUGGUAUAUGCCAAAUAUUUAGCAGAGUAUUGAGGAAAGUGGUCUUUACAAAGAUUAUAUUGUAUAGUAGCAUUGAAUUCCUUAUGUAUGUGUCCCUCAUCCCCCCCGACCUAAAAAUGCUCCUUUGGUUUUCAACCAAGGAGAGAAAUAUUUAACUCAGGUCAUUUUCUCUCUCUUUUUCUUUCAUGUAUAGAUAAUAUUGACUGAAAUAGGCUCUUAUGUGUACUAUCAUUGAACAUAAUAGCAAUUACAGAAAAAUUGACAGAAAAAUUGACAGAAAAACAUGCAGUAAGUGCCUUUCCUGGAACUUAAAAAAAAAAAAGUCAAAAUCAUAAAUUUUCUAUGGGAAUUAUCAUUGGCUUGAGACCACCUUGGCUGCCUCUUUGGCAAGCCUGUGACACUUUCAGUAGCACCGUGUUGAAGUUCUAAUUUUGCAUUCCAUUUAAACUCCUAACUAGUUGUUUUUUUUUAAUUGUCCUGAGACAUGAAUCCCCCCCCCCCCCGGUACCAUAGCAUCACUUAGAUUUUUCUUCUGUCGCAAAAGAGGUCUGCUUGCAUCAUUUGGUUUUAGUUCAGCAGACAGGAACUCAGAUCUUUGAAGUCUUAAUGUAACCACGAGUGUUUUAUUAUGCCUGCUUGCAUGCAUAAGAGAUGCAUGCUAUUUGAAAUAGCGUCCUUGGAGAAAUCCCAUCUGCGCAUGGGUAGCCAUGUAGGAAAGUCUUUGGUGCAGAAAGAUCUGGCCUACCUUCUGUUUCCCUUUGGACUCUUAUCAUUUAGAUUUUUUUUUAAAGUGUUGUUCACACAAGUGGCAGGGGCAUCCACAUUUGGUGCCACUUCCCCCUCAUUUUUCAGUUUCGUUUUAUAACACUGUUUGCAGAGACUGUUCUGGUGAUCUGGUCAGAAUGGUAGCGUGAUUUUUGGUCUUCUGCUGGGCUGAGAAUGUCUGUUGCUUCCAAAAAAUGGCCUCUGCUUACAAAGGGCACUGCGCACGCACACACACACACACACACCAUCCUUUGCUGUGUGUGUGUAUGUUCAGAACAAAGCUCAGUUAUUUGUAUGAUCAGCACUAUUGGACUUGAGUUGUGUUUGGUUGUUAAAAAGAAAAAGAAAAAAAGAGCAUCCCUUUCCGGAGGCUAUUUCUUUUGAGUAAGGUUUGUUGUCUUAUUGAAUAUUUUCCCAUCGAGAUGGAAGGGCUUCAUGAAUUUUGAAAAUGACUGUCCAGUGAAAGAGGGCAGGGUAGUCAUUAAUUGGACACUUGCUGCAUGUGUGAAUAUGUCUCAAUUCCAAGAAGAUUAUUAAUUGAAGAUGGUUUAAACAUGUAGUUGCAAACUGGGUCUUGGAAAAGCUUUACUGAGCCUCUGUUUAUACAAACUGGCCUUAAUAUAAAAUGUGUACAUAAAAGGAACCUCCUUCUUCCAGAUGGUAAAACCUGUUAAUUUUUAUAUUCUCUUAAAAUUACUUGCAAUGCUGUUUUUUGGAAAAAAAUGUGCCUUUCCUUUUAUAAACAGGAAUUGUAUAUAGUUAAGCCAAUGACAUCAGCCUUAAGAGAUCUCUGUAGCAUUUUGUGCCUUGAGCCAGACUUUUCUAUAUUAAAAUCUUGUCACAAUCCAGUUUAAAUGGUCCGCAAGUGUCAAGUAAUUAAUUUAAUUUUCCUAAUCCACUGGCAAAAAGAUGAGCACUUGCUUUUCAUGUGCUUUGUGGUAGGGGUUGGGCAGUAGGGAGUUUCGGCUCAGAUUCCAUGAAAUAAUGCAUGUACUUUUACAUCAUCUCCAACAGCUUGUAAUUCUCUUCCAUAGUAACAUGGUUGCCUCUAUAUUUGUUCCCGGGAAGUGAAAAGUGAUCUAAGGUGGAUGCGUUUUUUUUAAUUACUAUUUUUGUUUUCCUGGUGCUUAUAGCACAGCUCUGCAGUCACUUAAGCCAACCUGUAACACUGGCAAUAAAAUAAUUUCGUCUAUUCUAUGUAAAAGACUGUUUGUUUUAUCUUGUAAUAAUGUAUAUGCUUUUUUUUAAAAAAAUCCAAUUACCUAUGUAAUGAUGUCUGAAACACUUUUAAAAAGUGCUAUUUUUGUACAAAGAUUAAAAUAGUUUGCCUCCUUUGUAUACUGAUUACAUUUUUUAAAUGAAAGGAAUAAACAAGUAUCUACAGAGUUUGUAUUUAA